AGUGACUUCCGUAACUUAAUGGUUGAGUAGUUAGGAGACGUGGAGUUCAGAGAGAGUCUAUUACGGCUUUCUACAGCAAUACCUUUAAUCAAAUAUGUUAUAAGCCGCGACUGUAACUUAUGGAGUUAUUUUGUCAUGGCGACAUAAUCACUAAGCGGUUUUCUGGUUUAAAAUGACAGCUUAACGUGAUGAUAAUUGAGUAAAAACACCCGGAGCGUCCUCAUCGGUCGUGUAAAAGGGUACACCGUGACUUUAGCUGCUGUAGAGCCGUGGUUUGAUGUGUGAUCACCAGAUUGAUGAGAAUGGGUGAAACCAUGUCCCCUGUUCCCGCCCUGCCGCUGGUCAUCAGCUGUUUCAUGUCAGUUCUGGGCUGCAUGGCCACACUCAAACUCAUCCCCGCCUUCAAAGAUCAUUUCAUCUCAGCCAGACUCUACGGGAUGGACCUAAACAAGACAAGCAAAAAAGAAGUCCCAGAGUCCCAAGGAGUAAUUAGUGGUACAGUCUUCCUCAUCAUCCUCUUCUGCUUCAUCCCGGUGCCUUUCCUCAGCUGCUUUGUGGGCGAUAAGUGCACAGGCUUCCCACAUGAUGAGUUUGUACAGCUGAUUGGUGCACUUCUGGCCAUCUGCUGCAUGAUUUUUUUGGGCUUUGCUGAUGAUGUGCUGAACCUGCGUUGGAGGCACAAGCUCCUUCUUCCUACCAUGGCUUCUCUGCCCCUGCUCAUGGUCUACUUCACAAACUUUGGCAAUACGGUCAUAGUGGUGCCCAAGCCCUUCAGAGCACUGCUUGGGAUGCACUUAGAUUUGGGUAUCCUCUAUUAUGUCUACAUGGGAAUGCUCGCAGUGUUCUGUACAAAUGCCAUCAACAUCUUAGCUGGCAUCAACGGCAUCGAGUCAGGUCAAGCCCUGUUUAUCUCUGGCUCCAUCAUUGUCUUCAACCUGCUGGAGCUCAGUGGGGACUACCGGGAUGACCACGUCUUCUCCCUUUACUUCAUGAUACCGUUCUUCUUCACCACAUUAGCACUUUUUUACCACAAUUGGUAUCCCUCGUCUGUGUUUGUGGGAGACACUUUCUGCUACUUUGCUGGGAUGACCUUCGCUGUGGUUGGCAUCCUGGGACACUUCAGCAAGACCAUGCUGCUGUUCUUCAUUCCUCAAGUGGUCAACUUUGUCUACUCUUUGCCGCAGCUUUUUCACAUUAUCCCUUGUCCCAGACACAGGCUUCCCAGGCUGAAUCCAGACACUGGUAAACUGUCGAUGAGCUACUCUAAAUUUAAAAAGAAAGACCUCUCCCAACUGGGACAACUCAUUCUGCAGGUGGCAGAGUUAUUAAAGGUGCUUGAGGUGAGGCGAGGCCAGGAGGGAGAUGGGGAUUUUAUUGAGUGCAACAAUAUGACUUUAAUAAACCUCGUACUAAAAUUCUUUGGGCCGAUCCACGAGAGGAAUCUCACAGUCACCAUGCUCAUCAUACAGGUGAUGGGCAGCGCAGUGGCUUUUGGGAUUCGUUAUCAUCUGGUGCGUCUCUUUUAUGACGUCUAGCCACCUCUAUAUUAAAGCUGAGAAAAUCUCAUUGUUGUGGAAAUACCUGUCUGUCGUUUUUCCACCUAAGAUUCCACCUGCAGGAAAGCCAAGACGCUAAGUUAAAACAUACAUUUCAAGCAUCUCAACAGCAGGACUGGAUCCAAGCAGGAAAUUCAACUGGUUGCUUAAUUUAUUGCAUAAAUCCUGAAAUCAUUUAUCUUUAAAAAAGGGGGUCAACUAUCUUCACCCAAAUUUGUGACCAAUUAAUGACCAAAUUUGUAAACAUGUAUGUCCACUGGGCAUCAUAGUGGGCUGUUGCAUCAAUCUACUGUUAAUGCAAACAUACAGGGGGAACAUUCUUCAUAACACUAGCAUAAACAGGAACCCGUGCAUUUGAGUUAAAGGUCAAUCAUUGUUUUUUUGGGGGUUUUUCUGUUUUGCUCCGAAUCAUCUCAGAAUGAUUGCUGUGAAGAAAUGCAGUUACAUAUGAGGAAGCUACAGUCAGUGUAGGGAAUAGGUAAACAGAAGGCAUAUUAGAAUAGAGAAACUGAUGAUAGUGUCUGGAUUGUUCUAAAAGUGAAGCUUUAUGAAGAGGAAAAGGUUAUGAAGUUGACUGGCACUUGAUUUCUUUCUUUAAGAAUGUAAUUACAACUGAGGCACUGUUUAUUUUUUGGAAUGAAUAUAAAAAUCAAAUAAAAAUGCUGAGUUUAUAUUUAAAA